AAAUUCUACAAUAAGAAUACAACUUUAUAAAAUGCUUGGAAAGUGUUGCUUUUGUGUACCAUUGAGAACAGGAUGCAUCAUACUUGGAAUUUUGCAUGUAUUGUUCGGCCUGGCUGCAACUAUCGCAAUAAUUGUAACAGGCCUCGGCCCUACGGAUUUAAAAAUCUCCUGUGUCUUGACUGUGAUAAUUUUAAUAUUAGGGAUCAUAUUUAUAGUUAUUGCAUUUCAAAAUUUAAAAAAGUUUGUUAAGUACUGGACAUAUCUGUACUUAUUCUGUGCAGGUGUGGGCUUAGUCUUCUAUGGAAGGAAAUACGAAUUCUUUUCCCUUUUACUUAGAGGCGAGGCAGCUGUAAUUAUCCUUUUCAUAGUAAUGAUAGUUAUCUACUUGUACACUUUGUUGAUUGCAUAUUCAUAUAAAAAAGAGGAAGAAGAAGAAGAUCAAUAAAUAAAAUAAAAAUUA